CAGGCAACAACCCAGCAAAGCACCAGUCAAUGCUGCUGGAGAAACCCAACUUUACAGCACCAGAAAGAACUGCAUCGACGAGAGGGCAAGUGAACGAGCAGCACGGCAACAGCACACUGAUGCACAAGGCAACACCAACAAAGCACCCAGACUACAGGGCACACAAGCAAAGGACGGAGAAGGCGAGGCAUGCACAUGGACAGCAAGGCAGAAGAGCAGCAAAGCACAAGGCUUUUUCUCUUUAGCUCUUACACCGAUGGCACGGAGCAUGAAGAUGUAAAUAAGCAUUUUGCAAUGGCACAGAACACAUCGUCUCCAGAUGCCAUUGUUUACGGAGUUGCUUUGGAUGGUUCGUACUUAGUGAAUUGUUCUGUAUGCAUUGAUCUGAACGGCGAUCGACGGUGCAACUGGAACGAGCCACAGACUACCACCGGAGAAUAUGGCAUUUUCACAUUCACUCGCAGGACCCUCAACAGAGGUGCCCUGAUCAUUGAGGGUGGUCAGCUUUCAUGUCUAGAUGUGGCUUACAGGGCAGAUCCUUUCCAUGUUCUCCUCGCACCUAGGGGUUCGCGAUGCAUCACAGCCCUUACAACCCUUCAGGUUGCCCUAAUGGAUUUUGCAGCAGUGAGCUUGGAGGUGUCAGAAAGAAUGAUAUACCAAGGAUUCGAUCUCAACAGGGCGUUGAAUUUCAGGAGCCUCGACUACAUUGCAGCUUUCAUCAAAGGUAUCAAGGGGUCAACUGCGAUACUUGAAACAAAUCUCCUUGUCGGGAACCUUUUUGCACAGAAUAUGGACGCGUUCCGAGGCCGCUUUCCGAGUCUCAAAUUCGAGUGGAAUACCAAUGAAGUCAACAGGUUUGACUUUGACCGAGCAGUCCAUUGUGCUAUGGCGAGGCAAAUGCUCAAUUCAACAUGGGCCAAAGAACGUGACCCUACUCAAACGAAACGCAUCCGUCGAUGCGACUUCAGCGACAAAUUUGUUCUACAAACUACACUCGUCGACCAAUAUAUAGUCGUUCGCGGUUGGCUGGGCAUUCCGCUCGGUGGGAACCGGCACAGCCUGCUUUGGGUGACAAGCCGACAAGCCGAUCCUGUGGCGGUCUUCCGUAUGCUGUUUUCUGACGAAAUUGUCGAUACCUUGACGGAGAUCGCGAGGGAUGAAGAGGAGGGAGGAGGAGGAGGAACAGGAGUUGCAAAACGGCGAGAAGUGCUGCAGCGUAUGCUUACUGUGUCAGGGGCAGCGCGCCAUCCGGUGGCGUUGUCAUUAGUUAGUGAUGUUCUUACAGGGAAGCUACCGAGGUUUUCCUUCGAAGUCUUUGCAGUACCAGAGAUGAAGGACGCGCUGGUUGAGAGGUCACAGGUACCUCCGUUCUCGAUCCUCGGAGUGGACAGUGAUGAGACCUCGACGCCUUAUCCGGCUCUGCUGUCCGACGACGAGGACAUUGCGCCCGCGGCAGCACCACCACCGCAAACAGCACGUGCUGCACGCGUGCGAGUGGCUAGUAGGGGUAAUAAGAAGCUUGAGGACAUCUGGGGGUCCUCAGCGGCGGUGGCGGCGGAAGAUAACCGCCACCGUUUCGAGUCGGAGCAGCAGCAGCAGCAGAAAAGAGGGGUUCCGUUGAAGUCAAGACCAUCCUCAGGGUUCAGGGGUGAUAGCGAUGAGCCUGGAGCGGCGUCGGAGGAAGACCACCUCCACUUCAAGCCAGUGCAGCAGCAGCAGCAGCAGGAGGAGGAGGAGGAGGAGGAGGAGGAGGAGGAGGAAGAGGAAGAGGAGCAGGGAAUGCAGUUUGGGUGGACAUCAACGCGCCCAUCCGGCGGCGAUGAGGAUGACGAAAAUCGGGGGCCUCCUGUGCUCUCGGUAGAGGAGUACAUUCACCAGCGCUUCGGGUCGGAGCAGCAUCAGCAGCUACUCGAAAAAGUUGAAAUGCAGCAGUCUACGUUGACGUCUGUAUCUGCCUCUGGUUCUAUCAGUGACAGCGAUCAGCCCUCAUCGUCGUCGGGUCCGGGUCGCGAUGACCACCGCGGCCACUUCAAGGCCGAGCAGCAGAAGCAGAAGCAGAAGCAGAAGCAGAAGGAGAAGGAGAAGCAGCAGUUUCCAUUAACAUCGACGCCUCGCUCAGGCCAUGACGGUCAGGGUAAUUGGCUGAUCGUUCUCUCUUCGCUCUUCUCUCCCUCCUCCUCCUCCUCCUCCUCCUGCUCCUCCUCCUCGUCAGUUCUCCCCCGUAGUACCCCUUGUCAUCGAGCUAUGGGUGGCAGGAGGCGAUGGCUGUCUUGGAUCGCGAUCGGGAUGACCACUGCAGCGGCAAUCUCCUUCGUCCUGCUGCUCGUCUCUGUUGCUUUUCCUCCUGUUGUCGGCUUUCGUACGAUCGACAGCAUGGAGUGUGACUCCCGCAAGAGAGAAGACGGUAUGUCAGCAGCACAGCUAAUCAGAAACCGACAGAAUGAAGACAGCUGUGUAGAUGGAUAUGUCUCCGGAGGCUUGGAGCUGGCCACGGCGAAGACCGAGGAGGAGCAACAGGUGGAGGAGGCGGAGGAGGGGGUAGGGAUGAGCAAGCGCCACGUGGCAUCCCCCUCGGCCGACUACUUCGAUAAGGUUUAUGUUCUUCAGAUUGCGAGGAGGAGAAAGUGCCACGUGGCAGGUUCCUCUCGAGGCGGACACGUGGCAGGCAAUCUGCAGCGACGACAGUUGGCUGGCGGAGCAUAUGACGCCACCAUGGGGAAACUAUACAUGGAAGACCUCCUCGGGGGUCCACACCCUCCAAUGCUGAAGGGUCCUGCAAAGGAACAUGUGAUGGAGGCUUGGGUAAGGGAACACGUGAUGAAGGAGGCCACACCUGACGAGGACCUCCGUCUUCCCCCGAUCAGAACGCACCCUCAUUUUGGCUGUAUACGUACGUUCAUUAUCAGGGUGCGUUAUGUUCGGGGGAAGACGGAAGCACUUGUUAAUCGACACCUGGCACGUUGGCGCCUGGCAGAAGGUCUGCCUGGCAAACACUUGGCAGACGAGACCGAGGCAGGGGCUGGUGGCGGGAAACUUCGCAUAUGCACAACAGCUUGUAGGAAAUCUUGCAGAGAAUCAGUCACAUGGAGCACAGUGUCAAUGAUGCCUGUGCCUAUCUGCCACAGUGAUGACGGUUAUGAUGUGGAGGAGGAGGAGGAUGAGCGAACGUGCGAGGAGGAUUGUGCAAGGGAACUCCUCCAAAGACGAAGGGCAGCGGACUGACUGGAGAUUAAACUUCCCGUUGGGAUCUGGGAGAGCAGGAAAAGGAGAAGAGGUAGUCUAAGAGUAGGAGGAGUAGGAGGUGCUCGUGGAGGAGGAGGAGGAGGAGGAGGUGGUGGUGGUAGAGUAUUGAAAUAUGGUCAUGGUCAGGGGUUGUAUGGGAUAACGACUGUUGGUCUGCAUGCCUCAGUAGAUCUGAUGGAAGCACAGACUGCAGAUCGCACUGAUAGUACAUAGAGUUAGUGGGUCAGUCAGACCAGGGAAUUUUUACAGGGAUGUAUCUUGGCCAGAAAUACAGCCAGAUUCCGUUGGAGAAGUCCUGGUGUGAGUACCUCUUUGUUGAUUUGCUUGCUCAUUGCUCAUCAACGUUGCCCUCCCUCAAGCCUGUUUCCGCUCCUCUCAUGUUUGGCACGCCAACAGAGGUGAGACGUGGAAUGCCAGUGGGUAAUAGUCGUGGAUUUCUGGUUUUCCGUUCAGGGCUCAGGGUUUGGGGUUAUAACAGCAGUGGGAGAUAGUCGUGGAUUGUGGAUGUCUAAGGUUACCUGUCAAGGUUUUGAGGUUUAGGGUUUGCGGGUCUAAGGUUACGUGCCAAGGGUUUAAGGUUUAGGGUUUGCGGGUCUAAGGUUACGUGCCAAGGGUUUAAGGUUUAGGGUUUGCGGGUCUAAGGUUACGUGCCAAGGGUAUAGGGUGGUGACGACGGCCAUGGGAGAUAGUUGUGGUUGUGAUUUAGGGUUAAGGUUGUGUAGGUUGUGUGUUUCGGGUCUAGGGUGGAAGGUUACAUACCAAGGUUUUAUCAGGGUGACAAUCACCAUGGGAGAUAGUUAUGGGUUGUGGGUUUAGGGUUUAAGGUUGUGUUUAGUGUUUAUGGGCACAAAGAACGACCAUUGGAGACAGUCGUUGGUAGUGGGUUUAGGGUUCAAGGGUACGUGUGAAGGGUUUGGAGUUGGGGGUUACACGUUAAUAAAGCCGGGCCGUGGAAUGGAACAGGGAUGUUCGUAAACACGAAUGCAUUGACAGACGAGGUAGGAGGGAGAGUGCAAGCGGGAGGGAAAGAAGUUGGGAGAAGGAGGAAGAAAAGUAUGGAGAAGUCCUGUGCUCUUGCAGCCUAUCGAGCUAACCAUAGGACGAGAUCAACAGAUAUUGGCCAUACUCACACUAGCACUGUUUUAACCGAAUUGGACUGCAGGUAAGGCCAGAAUUGGUAAGAAAAAAACGUUUCAGAUCUUUUUCACCGAAUAGAACCGCAAGGAAGACCAGAUUCCGUCAAGAAAGUCCCGGCCUAAGUAUGCUCUUAGAGUGCU